ACAAAUUCUCUCUCCUAUUUAAUCCUUCCUAAAGGGCAGACACGCCUAACUUCCUAUCACUCUCAUAGACAACUAGCAAGUUUGUGUUAGAAACAUUUUCCUUCCUCUCCUAAACUACUUUCUUUCUUUAAAAAGAUUCCAAUUUUCUUCAUAUUUUAACCUAAAGUCAUGGAUCAAAGAAAAAAUAUCUUUGUUCAUGUAGUUAUUUUUUUGGCCAUGGUUCUUCUUAGAGGAAGUAAUGUUGAAGCAAAUGGAGAAGAAGAGAAAGAUAGGAUUUUCAAGCUUCCUGGUCAACCUAAAGUUUUGUUUAAGCAAUUUUCUGGCUAUGUUACUGUUAAUCAUGUUGCUGGUAGAGCUCUCUUUUAUUGGUUAACUGAAGCUGAACAAAAUCCUCUCAAUAAACCACUUGUCAUUUGGCUUAAUGGAGGUCCAGGUUGUUCAUCAGUGGCAUAUGGAGCAUCUGAAGAGAUUGGUCCAUUUAGAUUAAACAAAACAGCUUCUGGCCUUUACAUUAACAAGUUUGCAUGGAACACAGUGGCCAACCUUUUAUUCUUGGAAGCUCCCGCCGGCGUCGGCUUCUCCUACAGCAACCGGUCUUCAGACCUCCUUGACACCGGCGACCGCCGUACUGCCAAGGACUCUCUAGAAUUUGUAAUCCAGUGGCUAGAAAGAUUCCCACGUUACAAAAAUAGGGAACUUUAUAUCACAGGAGAGAGUUAUGCAGGACAUUAUGUCCCUCAAUUAGCAAAGGAAAUUAUGACCUAUAACAUAAAAGCCAAGCAACGCAUCAAUCUCAAGGGAAUAAUGGUUGGAAAUGCAGUGACAGACAACUAUUAUGAUAACUUGGGCACAGUGACGUACUGGUGGAGCCAUGCUAUGAUAUCUGAUCAAACAUACAAACAACUUAUUAGUACUUGUGAUUUUCACCACCAGAAAGAAUCCAAUGAAUGUGAAUCUUUAUAUAGCUAUGCUAUGGAUCAAGAAUUCGGUAACAUUGAUCAGUAUAAUAUCUAUGCUCCUCCAUGUAACAAUUCUGACGGCAGCUCGUCCGGUACCCGCCACACGCUUCGGUUGCCCCACCUUCCUCAUGUGGCUUUUAGACAAAUGGCUGGUUAUGAUCCAUGUACAGAAAAAUAUGCAGAAGUUUACUACAAUAGGCCAGAUGUUCAAAAAGCACUUCAUGCAAACACAACAGGCAUUCCUUAUAAGUGGACUGCUUGCAGUGAAGUUUUGAAUAGAAACUGGAAUGAUACAGAUGUAUCUGUUCUUCCACUAUAUAGAGAGUUGAUAGCUCAUGGUGUAAGAGUUUGGGUUUUCAGUGGGGAUGUAGACUCAGUGGUUCCAGUUACAGCAACAAGAUAUGCCCUUGCACAGCUUAAGUUGGCAACUAAAAUACCAUGGUAUCCUUGGUAUGUCAAAAAGCAGGUUGGAGGUUGGACCGAGGUGUAUGAAGGGCUAACAUUUGCCACAGUGAGAGGAGCAGGACAUGAAGUCCCACUAUUCAAGCCUAGGGCAGCCCUUCAAUUAUUCAAAUCAUUCCUUGCAGGAAAGCCUCUUCCAAAAGUCCUAAAAUAGGAAAACAAGAAGAGGAAUUUAAUUGGGAAAGGUGGAAAAAAGGAAAGAAAGAAGGAAACAAGUGAAAAAUUCUAAUAGGUGCUAAUUAGUUUAUGUUGUCAUUAAUUAUUGUUGUUCUGAACCAGGGUUUUAUGCCAUUUUUCAUUGUAACAAAUUAACAAGUUAGAGGGAUUGGUGGAGUUAAAAAGAGCAAGUGUUUAUUCUUAAUUGUGAAGAAAAAAAAUGUUUUUCUUCUCAUCUUAUA